AGUUAGAGAAGUCAAUGUUCAUACCGCUGGGAUGUAAGCUGCCCAACCAACAAACACUAUUCACUGUGCCUCGGUACACGUGACAAUAAAUUAAACUGCAGAGGAAAUGUGUAGAAAGGAACAGCAGAUGCUGGUUUACACCAAAGAUAGACAUGAAAUGCUGGAGUAACUCUGUGGGACAGGCAGCAUCUCUGGAGAGAAGAGCUAAUGACAUAUUGGUCUUCAGCUAAUGGCAUGUUGGCCUUCAUAACAAGAGGAGUUGCGUAUAGGAGGUCCUUCUGCAGUUGUACAGGGCCCUAAUGAGACCACACCUGGAGUAUUGUGUGCAGUUUUGGUCUCCUAAUUUGAGGAAGGACAUUCUUGCUAUUGAGGGAGUGCAGCGUAGGUUCACAAUGUUAAUUCCCGGGAUGGCGGCACUGUCAUAUGUUGAAAGAAUUGAGCGACUGGGCUUGUAUACACUGGAAUUUGGAAGGAUGAGAGGAUUUCUUAUUGAAACAUAUAAGAUUAUUAAGGGAUUAGACAGGCUAGAAGCAGGAAACAGGAUCCGAUGUUGGGGGAGUCCAGAACCAGGGACCGCAGUUUAAGAAUUAAGAAUAAGGGGUAAGCCAUUUAGAACGGGGAUGAAGAAAAACAUUUUCACACGGAGAGUUGUGAAUCUGUGGAAUUCUCGGCCUCAGAAGGCAGUGGAGGCCAAUUCUCUGGCUGCUUUCAAGAGAGAGUUAGAUAGAGCUCUUAAAGAUAGCGAAGUCAGGGGAUAUGGGAAGAAGGCAGGAACGGGGUGCUGAUUGGGGAUGAUCAGCCAUGAUCACAUUGAAUGGCAUUGCAGGCUGGAAGGGCCGAAUGGCCUAACCCUGUACCUAUUGACUAUUGUCUAUUGUCUAUUGACACUAGUGCGCCUAGGAUGGAGGAAGGACCAGAGAGAAGGGAUGCAGGGGUUAGAGAAGUUAGAGAAAUCAAUGUCCAUACUGAUGAUAGACACAAAAUCCUGGAGUAACUCAGCCGACGGGCAGCAUCUCCCGAGAGAAGGAAUGGGUGACGUCUUCGGGUGGAGACCCUUCUUCAGAUCGUGAGACAGGGGAGAGGAAGUGUAGAGAUAUGGAAGGGUAAGGUGUGAAAACGACGGAUAUGCUGGUUUACAACAAAAACACACAUACACAAAGUGCUGGAGAAACUCAACAUUACUGUAGAACAUGGAGGGGUGAGGUUUCGGGUCGGGGACCCUUCUUCCGCAUAAAACUCCGGGUUUCAGACCAUUCUCCCCCUCCCUCCCCAUCCCUAUCACCUCGACGGGCGCGGACUGCGAGCUGGUGCUGGCGAAGGCGAUGUAACAGCGCUGCUUGUGGCGCUACCAAGCAAGGCGACAGGUUGACCGACCUACAAGGCGCCAAGCGAGCAAUGAGUGAACACCUUUGCUCGGUGCAGAGCGAGGAAGGGAGCUGACCCCCGGAGACCAGCGGUCCGCCCGCCUUGCCAACUAUGUCCCGGAGACUUUCUGCAGACGGGGAGAGGAGAAUGCUGUGUGGAACACACUAAAGACUGCUCGCUUUAACAGUGUUCUGCAGGGCUUAAGAUGUGGUUCGAUGCCAACCUGUCAGUGCUGCCCAACGGUUCGGUGCCCUGGGAUCUGGGAGAGGGAGUGGGCAACAGCACCACCCAGCUGGCUGCCCACGACGUGGUGGUGGGGGUCUUGCUCACCCUCAUCGAUCUGGUCACCUUCCUGGGCAACACCGUGGUCUUCAUCUGCCCGGCCGUGGAGAAGAGGCUGAGGACCGUCACCUAUAUGUUCAUCAUGUCUUUGGCCUUGGCAGAUCUGCUGCUCGCUUGUCUCGUGAUGCCCUUCAGCAUUAUCUAUGAGGUGACAGGGAUGUGGAUGUUCGGCCACCAGUUCUGCAAGGUGUGGAUCUCCUUUGACGUGAUGUUCUGCACGGCCUCCAUUGUAACCCUGUGCUUCAUUAGCCUGGACCGUUACUGCUCAGUGGUGACCCCGUACAACUACCCCAAGAGGAUGUCUCGCAAGAGAUGUAUCAUAAUGGCGGUGACCAUUUGGGUCUACUCGUCGCUCAUCUCCUUCUUGCCGGUGAUGCAGGGCUGGAAUGAGAUACCUGGCAUCCACUUCGACGUGGGCACCGAGUGCGUCUUCGUGACCAACUGGACAUUCGCCAUCGUGGCGUCCGCAUUGGCUUUCUACAUCCCCUUCCUCAUCAUGUGCUGCAUGUAUUUCUUCAUCUACCGGGCUUCCCGGCUAAAGGCCACCAGGAUCAUGUCCCAGACUCUGGACCUCCACUACCACCCCAACAGCAGGCGCCCCAACAACCUGCAGCUGGAGAACAAGGCGACCAGGACCAUGAGCAUCAUCAUCUCCGUCUUCGUCAUGUGCUGGCUCCCCUACUUUGUCCUCAACGUUUGGCUGGCGGUGCACGGCUCCGAGGAGACCAGCGAUGUCGUGGUCCACGUCUUCAAGGUGAUAACCUGGCUGGGCUACUGCAACUCCACCAUCAACCCCAUGCUCUACGCCUUCCUCAACCGGGACUUCCAGCGGGCGCUGAAGAAGCUGCUGGUCUGCCAGCGUUGGAGCUCACAGGUGGACAUCGGCGAGGACAUGGUCUCUAUCGUCACCUUCUCCAAGACCGCCCAGGACGCCGAGUACAACACCAGGGCGGCCGGAGUUGCCAAUGGAACCAAAAGCAAAUCAAAGCCGUAGGAAGAGUUUACAUGAGUUUGGACGACAGGAGUGUGGAGUGUCGGCUCCAAGUGGGGAGCAACUGGAGGUGAACAGCUGAAAGCUCUGCCUGGUUCUGUAUCAGGCAUUUGACCCCCAUCUUUCUGCACUGACUCACUCAGUAUUACUCAUAAUCCGUCUGAGAAAGGGAUCCCAGCCCCAGAACUUGUUUGUCUGUCCAUUCCCUCCGCAGGUGCUAGCUGAAGCACGGUGGUUUUAGAGAUGCAGCGAGCAAACAGGCCCCUUCUUCAGCCCACUGAGUUUGUGCUGACCAACAACCACCCACACACUAGUUUUAACCUGCACACUCGUUGCAGUUUACAGAAUGCCAAUUAACCUACAAACCCGUACGUCUUCGGAGUGGGGGAGGAAACGGAAGAUCUCAGAGCAAACCUACACGUUCACGGGGAGAACGUGCAAACUCCGUACAGACAGCACCCGUAGUCAGAAUCGAACCCGGAUCUCUGGUGCCUGUGAGGCAUCAACUCUACCGGCUGCGCCACUUGUGUUUUACUCUCAUGAUUUCCCUUUUGUCCUGGACAUUUCUGUACUGUCGACUUCAGCCAUUGCUCUGCUAAACUCUGUUGGAUUCUCUUCAACUCGCAGCAUCUUUCUCUCUCGCUGCAUCUCAUCCCGCAACCUUUCUCUCCCCCCACAGAACCUAGCUACCACUUCUUGUGCCUACCCUUUCCCUCUGGCUUUUAGAGUCGUAGAGUGACACAGUGUGGAAACAGGCCCUUCGGCCCAACUUGCCCACACCGGCCAACAAUGACCCAGCUACACUAGUCCCACAUGCCUGAGUUUGGUCCAUAUCCCUCCAAACCUGACCUAUCCAUGUACCAUCUAACUGUUUCUU